CAUAAGGUGCAAAGUAAAGCGCGCGGAGGUCGGUUACUGGUGAAGUCAUGGCGUCGUGUCUCUCAUCGACGGUAAUUUUCAGCCUUCCAAAGCUUGCGGCGUCCUCGUCGCCGUCAAAGCUCCCAUCAUUAGCGAAAGUUUCAGCUAAGAAAAUUGGAUCGAUAAGGUGCAAAGCUCUCGGUGAAACCUCACAGGGUUCCUUCGAUCGAACUGUUUAUCAAGGCGUUUAUGGUCCGUGGACCGUUGAUCAGACGGACGUUAGAGAGGUUAUUUUGUAUAGGUCGGGAUUAGUCACUGCUGCAUCGUCCUUGGUAGUUGCUGGAUUGACUGCAUAUUUGCCGAAUGACAUUUUACUGAGUGAAAUAAUUAGGAAAAAUCUUGAUAUAUUUUACUUGCUUGGAGCUGGUGGGCUGGGCCUAUCAUUAUACUUGAUUCACAUCUAUGUGACGGAGAUAAAGCAGACACUUCAAGCUUUAUGGGCACUAGGCAUUGUUGGAUCUUUGGCGACAUACGCAAUCCUUGCUCGUCCGGCAGGAGAGAGCUUAGUACAGUAUGUCAUUGAUAACCCAACAACUGUCUGGUUUAUUGGCCCUCUAUUUGCCGCUUUGACAGGACUUGUCUUCAAAGAAGGCCUCUGCUAUGGAAAACUGGAAGCUGGUGUUCUCACAUUCAUCAUACCCAUAAUUCUGCUUGGUCACCUGACGGGUUUCAUGGAUGAUGGAGCAAAACUCAAUCUUUUGGCUUCAUGGAUGGCCCUUUUUGUGAUAUUUGCCGGCAGAAAGUUUACUCAACCCAUUAAGGACGACAUUGGUGACAAAUCUGUCUUCAUGUUCAACUCUCUUUCAGAAGACGGAAAGAAGGCCCUAAUUGAGAAACUUGAGCAACAAAAACUGAGUUAGAAUUUUGGCUAGAUAUGAAAACAAGGCCAUAAAUUUUGACUCAAUGUUACCUGUAUAGUUCUUUGAUAUAUAUAUAAAUCGUUUUUCUAUACUGUAUAGUGUUCAAAUUAGUCUUAAUGUCGACCGCUGUGCUUCCAUUUAUUAGUUGGAGCUUCAGGUGAGAUUUAUGCUCAGUUUGCUUUUAUAGUUUGCUGUGAAGGGGAGAGUUCCGAUUA